UCUUUCCUCCACCUGAACCGCUCUUCAUGACCCUAGAUUUGCACGCAAGUCAGGUAGAGAGGUUACACAUCCUUUAUGACUACACCUGAGGUCUUCUAGGAAGGAUGUCCCGGUUGACGGUAGAUCUAAAGGCAAUAUCGAUAUAGUGGCAACACACACUGAUCUGUAGUCUCACUCAUUUUAAGUAGAACCAGGGGAUUCUUUAGAAGACAAGCUACGGUCCAGCUACGACUGACAUACCGUGGUACAUCUUCAACAAGGCAGGCGUAGAUUGAUUACAUAGUUAAGUGUUACAUUAACUCUAGCUGGGUGCAAAUGCCUCGCGAACACACUGUUGUAUCGGUUUACAAUAGAGUAACUUGCACAUACAUGUAACUGCCACGUCUUUGCUACGAUUGGUGCUACCGGGUCCAAGUGAAUGACCGAGCAACCCGCAGCCCGGGUGACUUCCAGGACAGGGCAUUAACUCGUUACAUUUUGCACGGAGUGAUCGACAUGGCACAAUCCACGUGUUGGAAGCUAUUGUGUACCGUUCUGGGUAUCUUAGAGGCUGCAUUCUACAUUGUCACGGUCUUCGGAUGGCCAGCGCUUGUGUUCAUAUUCGUAGAGUGUACUCAACGUUUAUAAACUUGACUGCAUUCCUCGUGAGUACCUGUAAACCAUUGCGCAGUUAAUGACAAAGCUGAGAUUUAAUGUUGUAAAUUAAUGUCAUAUUUACGUCAUUCCUAAUGGAAGUCUGAAGAAGCAAAACACAUUAGUGACUCAAACUAUUGGAGUAAUUAGUGCAUAACUAUGUGGCGGUGUUGCGUAACUAUUGGCACAAGGGGGCCACGGUGAAAGCAGACGGCAAACAUGGCAAACACGUGUUGGAAACUUUUCUGUACCGUUCUGGGUAUCUUAGAGGCUGCUCUCUACACUGUCACCGUCUUCGGAUGGCCAGCACUUGUUUUCUUAUUCGUAGAGGAAGGAUUUUACGGUGAUCGCUGUUAUUUUGAUUCAAUAACUAACGGUUCUGAUUGUCUAGCUACUAUUAACUGCACCAACGAAGCAGCCGAAGACGCCCGAGUUCAAAAGUGUAUUGAGCAAGAAGAGCUGCUGAACUUGGUUUACACCGUUGCUAUCAUUGGUUUGGUGUCUUUCCCCAUGCUUGGAUAUAUUUAUGAUCACUGUGGAACCGUUUGUGUGAGGAUCGUAUGUAUAUGCCUUUGCGCUGGCGGAUUCUUCCUGAUGGCGUUAGCAGAGAGAGGAACAGAGUGGCUGUUAUUCCCUGGAGCUCUAUUUCACCUGCUUGGAGGUCUCCAGUUGGCUAUAACUGACGUCCAGGUGUCCACGUUAUUUCCUAAGGCACAAGCAACGCUCACCUGCUUGGUUUCCGGUGCUACUGGUGUCAGUGCUUUUGCCCCCAGCUUAUUGAAGUUGACAUACCAAGCUGGAGUGUCCUACAAAGUGUGCAUGUUCACCUUUACCGGCAUCAUGCUUCUAAUGUCUUCUGUCAACACAAUCACCCUUCCACCUAGACAGGAUGACGACGGGAACAACAUUGAUAAAGCUUGUUGCUUAAAAAUACGCAAAAUAUACAACAGUUCCAAAGAAUUGUCAACAUCGUGCAAAGAAAGUAGUACAAAUGUCGAUUGCAAGAUCACCCGAGCUGAUGUUGAUAAAUUUGUAUCGAAGGAUGAGGUUAAAGAAGUUCAAAUUAAUGGGCAACACUUUGUGAACGUAGCAUACACACCAGAGGACGAAAAUACACGACCACAAACAGAAUCUUACCUUGAUGUUGAUAAUAAAACUUGCAGUCAAAACGAGGACGAGGUCAAUCCCAAGGAACCCUGUGUUGACAGGAGUGCACACAUGGUCCGCGAAGUAGAAAAAUCUAAAAGCGAAGAAGAAGAAAAAGACACUAACACUUGCUUACAAGGCUCGUUACUGAUUCUUAAAAGUCCUACUUUUUUAAUGCUGAUGUUGUGGAUUUUGUGCCAGCAUACCCUCAUUGUCACAUACCGAGGCAGCUUUUACUCUUUGAUCAAUUACUACGGAAACAAUGUCAAAAGCACAGUAAGUACGUAUACAGACGUGUAUUCCUGGUUCCAAGUGGGUUCUCUGUUCUGGGCCUUGCUGACUGGUUUGAUGCUGGAUAAACUUGUUGCCAAGGCAACCAACGACGACAAAGAACAAUGCUUCGUGGUUCCAUUUUCGCUGACAGUAUUGGCAGGGAUCGUCGUUUCCGUAGCGUGUAUCAUCCCCAUCAUGGAGAUGCAGUUUGUGGCCAUUUUGUUUCACUCUCUGUUGAAAACCGGAAGUUACGCCGUGCAUUUGGCAUUCAUAACCACAACAUUUUCGAAGGAACAUAUCGGAAAGGCAUACGGAAUUCAAGUUUCCGUCGCUAAUAUAUUAACUUUUGUUCAAUUACCUAUAUUUUCUUGGUACAAGUACAGCCUGGAAAGUGACCCUCUCUGGUUGGGAGUUCUGUUUCUGGGAAUAUGUCUCACCGCCAGCUGUUUGCCUUUCUACCUUCUUUGGCGUCGGUGUCGCUCCACAAGGAAAAACAGCUAUAAUCUGUAGAUAAUAGCCAAAAUAUGAGUCAGGUGAUGACCUUGCGGUAUCUGUUGUAUUGCUGGAAUUUUGUUUUGGCGACUGGACAAAAACUAUUCAACAAUGCAUCUGGAGAAAGACAGUAUAUUGGGAAAAAUUGUGCCCUGUUAGAAGCAGACCUGCGUGCUCGGCAGUCACUGUACUUAAUUGUUUCUUACUGCUAACGUUGUUUAAUAGUCCUGGCAGUCCUAGCAAUACGACGUUACCAGAUAGAACGGUUUUUUGUCUUCUACCUCAAUGGAAACGACAAAAUAUUUGUCACUGACUGUUGAGAAGUGGCAUUUGAAUUUUGACAGAUGCUGUAGCAACAGAACCGAUUCUUCCAUUCUUUGUCAAGACUUUCGUGAGCAGAAACGACGCUUCACAAGUAUGUUACGUGUUUUACCACCUCCAGUCGUUGGCGCUGAUACAUAUAAGGGAAACAGUUCUUGAGACAAUGGCGGUGAUGCCUAGGCCUCUAGCUGCUAAAUUGAAGUAUCAUUGACUGAAGAUGUGCCUCUGAAAACGCUAAAAUGCAGAGUCAUCUGCGUUUUGUAGUCCUUUGCAGUUUUGCAUCCAGUCUUAAUUAUUGCUUUUAUUUUUUCAUACACUGAGGAUAUACUAACUGAGGAUAUAGUAACAUAAUAAAGAUCGCU